AUUUCGUUUUCGACCUGCCCUAGGGAGUGUCUUUUUGAGGAUCUUUGCUCUGAGAGGUUUACUGAUUGAGCUCAAGUGUGUAGUCUGGAGUAGAAUUUGGGAAGGGACAGCUGGAAGAGGCUCUGUUUGUCCGCUCGCCUGCUUCGUUGCUCCGCCUGUCGCUGCCUACACACUGCAGACCUCGUCAUCGAGGCAUAUACAUCUUGGUCUAACAUGGGAAAAAAGCCAGUCGUCGCAGGGACUGAGAAUGGUCCAAAUACCAUCUAUAAGGCAACAUACAGUGGAGUACCGGUCUACGAGAUGCUAUGUCGGACCGUCGCAGUCAUGAGACGGCGCUCUGAUGCAUAUCUCAAUGCGACUCAGAUCCUCAAGGUCGCAGGGUUUGACAAGCCACAGCGCACAAGGGUCCUCGAGCGAGAAGUUCAAAAGGGAGAGCACGAAAAGGUCCAGGGAGGAUAUGGAAAAUACCAAGGCACCUGGAUCCCCAUCGAGCGUGGAUUGGCUCUUGCGAAGCAAUACGGUGUGGAGGACCUGCUCAGACCGAUCAUCGACUACGUCCCGACCUCGGUUUCUCCACCACCCGCACCAAAACACGUUGUCGCCCCGCCGACCAAGACGAAAAAGGACAAAGAGGGCAAAGGCAAAGAUGGUACGCCACUCAAGACUGGACCCAUGUCAGCAGCCGCGCUUCAAGCACAAGCCCAAUUGGCAGCUCAACGUAAUGCCAGUGGACAGAAAAAGCGCAUCGACUCGACCCCGGAUGAUACCACGAUGCGCUCAGCAGAGGAUAGCUUGACAAACUCACCAGAAGAUGAUGACUCAUCCUCAGACACACCGAGUCCUGUCGCUUCGCCCCGUGGCGAAGAAAUGGAAGUAGACGGCGUCCUAAAUGGCAUUCCAGCGAGUCUGAGAAAACGAAACGCUACGAUCAUGCUGGAAGAAGACGAUCAGUAUGCUCAACUACAACGCGCUCGAGGUCAAAGUGCCGUCCACACACCCCAUCAUUCACCACGCGCGCUUGGACCCGGAUUACCCAUGGAACCAAUGGGUCCAGACCAAUACGCCGACAUCAUCUUGACCUACUUCGUCUCUGAAACCACCCAGAUCCCCCCAAUCCUCGUCGCUCCGCCACCUGAUUUCGAUCCCAAUGCGCCCAUCGACGAGGACGGUCACACGGCUCUGCAUUGGGCGUGUGCCAUGGGUCGUGUCAGAGUUGUCAAAUUGCUUUUGACCGCCGGAGCGUCCAUCUUCACGGGCAACAAUGCAGAGCAGACUCCUCUUAUGCGGAGUGUCAUGUUUGGCAACAAUUACGACGUGCGCAAGUUUCCAGAACUAUACGAAUUGCUUCACCGAUCCACUCUCAACAUUGACAAGCAUAAUCGGACAGUCUUUCACCACAUUGCCAACCUUGCGUUGACCAAAGGCAAGACUCAUGCUGCUCGAUACUAUAUGGAGACCAUCCUGUCGCGAUUAUCGGACUACCCCCAGGAGCUGGCUGAUGUGAUCAACUUUCAAGACGAAGACGGCGAGACUGCUCUGACUCUUGCAGCAAGGGCUCGGAGUCGGCGACUUGUCAAAGCCCUCUUGGACCACGGAGCGGAUCCCAAAAUCAAGAAUCGCGAUUUCAAGUCAGCGGAGGAUUACAUACUUGAGGAUGAACGUUUCCGAUCGUCUCCUGUCCAGGCCGGUGGCUCUCGGGGAUCUCUCAGUGGAACUCUUGGCGACCGUGGAGGCGUACCCCAGCUCUUCAAUUCGGAUGCAGCGCGCAUGGCUGGCGGUUCAUGUCUUGCAGACAUUACGGCGCACAUGCAGAGCCUGGCGCGAUCGUUCGAUCUGGAGCUGCAGAGCAAGGAGCGGGAUAUUCUUCAGGCCAAGGCUUUGUUGACAAAUAUCCACGCCGAAGUGACGGAAGCGAGUCGUGUUGUCAAAUCUCUAGCCGAUCAGACUGGACCGAUGAACGAGGCACGGCAGGAGCUGGGGGGUCUGGAAGCCAUGCUUAAGGCCAAGUUGUCUACAGCCCUGAGAGGCGGUUGGGAAAUGUGGAAUGCAGGUCAAGAAGGUCGAGAAGCGCGGCAUAGCGGCGGCGGGAUCGAUGGAGAGUCGUAUAACGAUCUAGACGAACUUGUGAACAAUGGAGGGGAUGAGGAUACCUUGACGUGGUCAGUGCAGGAGAAGAGGAAGAGGAGGGAAGAAUUAGUGGAUCGGUAUACAAAGGCCUUGGCAGAGUCUGGAACUGGUGACAAGAUUGAGAAAUAUCGACGUCUCAUCGCAGCUGGAUGUGGAGGCUCUCUGGCGCCGAAAGACGUUGACAACGUCAUGACACAAUUGUUGGAGACGCUUGAGAAUGAGACUACUUUGGACGCGGGAUUGAGAUCUCGAGCUAAUCAAUUGGGGAAUGGACAGACACAGGCUACUCUUGGCAAUGUCCAGUGGAUGCCGUAGAACGGAUUCAUGGUAUACCUUUCUCUAGCACAA